CCUAUUUCGGGCAUGGCAGGAGGCGCGGCUUGGGAGGUCGUUGUGGUGAGGCGCAAAAGCGAGUCUUACAAACGUGGAGUUGCCGCGCUCUGUGCGCUCGCGCUUCUUGCUGUUGUGACCCUUGUUGCGUUGAGACAUCAGAAUGGGCAACAAGCUGGUCUGGCGCAGGCGUUCUUCAAUGGCAAACGUUACAGGGUACAGGGGCUGCUAUCCGUCUCCAGCCCGAUUCAGUCUGUCUCCCCUUACAACGACAACUUCUUUGAGCCGGAGCCCAUCGAUGACUAUGGCAUCUACCCUGCAAUGAAGUUCUCAGACUACACCAAGGUGAGGAGACGGGAGCGCGCUAUGACUCAAGACAAGGGCGAGCCAGACUCGGGCAAUGAGUACCAACAGAAAGCGAGUCAGAGCGGCUUCCUGGAACCCAUCUUGAAUGCCGACGUGUCAGGGGAGAUUCAGAAUCCACCGAAGUAAUCUACAACUUUGGAGGUAGCGACAGAGAAUAUCUCACUGUCAGG